AUGGUGUCGCCAGAAGAAAAACUGGGGAAUGGAAAGGUGGAACAAGAAUUUAUUCGCAUUUACCAAGGCGAGCCAUGUCUGUGGCGUAUCAAAUCAAAGGAUUACCAUGACAAGGGGAAAAGAGAUGAUGCAUACAAGAGAUUAGUGGAAAAAUUGAAGGAAAUAGAUCCAAGCGCCGAUCGCUAUAAAGUGAAAUAUGAACCGCUUCCUGGUGAAGCAAGACCCCCUAAACGAAUGGCAUCAGAUAAAUGUGACAGUGUUUUACAAACUAUAGAAGAUCAUUUUAAGAAACCUACAUUGAAAGAUGAUCGAUAUGAUAUUUUUGGAAAAAAUGUAUCGAUGAAAUUGCGAGACUUAACGAAUAAUACUCAAAGAUUGUUGGCAGAAAAGAUAAUAAAUGAGGCAUUGUUUCUGGCCGAAAUGGUUCAGCUCACCCUGUCACAUUGUAUUAAUGCAUCUUCUACAUUUAAUACGCCUCAAUAUUCUAACCCCAAUUUUAUAAAUUCGGUCCCUCCUCCUGUUCAAGCUCUCAGAUCUCAAGAUACCAUCACAGUUUCGCCACCACUCCAUAUCCCUAGGGAGAGAUAUUAUGAAGCAACGAGUGAUGUUGAAAAUAAUUACAGUGCUACCGAAGACUCUAAUCAUUAUCUUGCCUCGUUUAUUUCUAACCACAACGAUUGUUAACUUAUUUUUUAAUUUACUAUUAUCUAAUAAGUAUUUAUUAGAAUAAAAAUUUGGAGUAUACACAAUGUUUUAUUGCUUACCUUCAAAUAAUUUGGUUUCAGCACGUCAUAUAUUGCACGGCAUGUUUCAGGAAUUAUGUAACUUAAUGCUUGUGGUGAAAUUAUAGUUGAAAAUUUCACAUCUUCAUAGCUUCUUCCCGUCGCAAGAAAUCGUAAGGUUGCUGUUAAUCUUUCAUGUGGGGUUAUAGACUCUCUCAUGACUGUAUCCUUCCUUUUAAUCAAAGGGGUGACGAGUGAUAAAAGUUUCAAGUACGUUUCUUCAUCCAUUCGUAAGUAAUUAUGCCAAUCACGAGGGUAAAUUAUCAAUUCAUUUAAUAGAUUAGUGUGUGAAUAGCUUUACAUUUUCUUUAGCCAGUCUUUACACCACAAGCUACGUAUUUUUCGUCGUUUUUUUUCCUGAGAACUAAAGCGAGCGCGUCGUCGUCGUCCGUCGACGAUGGUUCAAGCAUACACUGGCACUGUUCAAGUAUAUUCGUCCCGCGUGGAGGCUAUAUGGCCCUCAGGUAUGCUUGUACAAUAAAUUUGUACAAGCAUACCGCUCAAGACACUGGAAGGGUCAUUCAACGUCGAGAACAGGGUCGUCACAGGGCAUCAACUGCUAGGAAUGAUCGUCUUCUGCGUCUACAAGCCUUGAGGCACCGCACAGAUACUGCACGGGCCUUGCAAAAUGAUCUAUCCCGAGCUACAGGUCGACAAGUGUCUGACGAAACAGUAAGGAACCGUCUUCGAGAGGUGGAUCUGAGGUCCAGGCGUCCCGCUAAGGUGCCCCAAUUGACGAGGGAGCACAAUCGAGAGCGAAAACAGUUUGCCCAAGAACAUCAACAUUGACAAUUGCGUCAUUGGCGCAAGUCCUGUUCACCGACGAGUCUAGAUUUACGCUGCAGGGCAACAAUGGACGCGUACGAGUUUGGCGACGGCCAGGAGAGCGUUUUAUACCAGUCACAGUCCAGGAUAAUGUCAGUUUUGGUGGUGGCUCCAUAAUGGUGUGGGCCGGUAUUUCGACUGACCACAAAACCGACUUCGUCAUCAGAAACGGCUCUAUGACUGCGCUGCGUUACAUUGACGAGGUGCUGGAACCUCAUGUGUGUCCUCGAGCACUGGCACUUUGAGAAAAUAUUUUCCUACUGCAUGACAAUGACCGCCCUCACGUUGCAGGAAUCGUCAGGGAGUACCCCCAAGAGCACAACAUCGCCAUUUUGCCAUGACCAGCUCGCAGCCCAGACAUGAACCCUACUGAGCAUGCGUGGGAUGUGCUGGGAAGCCGCGUCAGAGAACAUCCAAACGCACCUACCACACUGCGGGACCUGGAAGAUGCCCUUUUGUUGUUUUGACGUGAAUACGUAUUUAAAAUCAGACCGACAUAUGGGGUACCAGGACGGAAACGGCGUGAUCCAUUCCGACACUAUAACUUCGUGAUUAAUAACACGAUUGAAAUAAAUUUGGUCUCGUUCGAUCGGGUAUACGACUACGAUGCGACCAUGACAAAAGCGCACACGAAAAUUCCGCACAGAAAAAAGUCCCGCUGUCAUAAAUGAUCACAAUAAAAAUACCCACGGAAAAAUGCUCACACAGAAAAAUACGCACAUUCACAAUACAAUCAAGCGUUAUGUGCAUGCUAUGAAGUUCAAACAUUCUAUACAUACUAACCUAACCUACCCUUGGGUCACAUUGGGGGCCUCGGAGGAACUUUAUUCUAAUUCAACGUGACAUCAACUUCUUCACGUCAAGCUCCGACCAGCUGAUUGUCUCCAGGAUCCACAACAUAGAAAGCGUACAUCCAUCAUCUUCAGCAAAUAAAGUAUUCUUCAUUAACCGCAAGAAAGCUGUUAGUCUGUUGGGGUUUUACAACGAACCCCAUCACAGCAAAGACUUCUACGCCCCACCCAGCCUGUGGCAAACCCGCUCGGUGCCCGCGAACCUUGGGAUAAGGGAUACAACACAAUUCAUACGGAAUCCUAAUCUGUAUGAAAGAAUUGCUUCUGACAUGAGAACCGUUUGUUGAUCAGACAUCGAUUAGUAACAUAAAUUACGUGUUACAGGUUUCGGGAAGGUUCGCUUAGUUAAGAAGAGUAGAGGCUUCGAUCAGGGACGACUCUACGCGAUGAAGACCCUGAAGAUGGAGAUCAUCAGUUAUAUGAAGUAGAAAAGCAAAUUAGUGGAUGUGUAUCUCACUGCCACAGUAAGAUGGAAAAACAAAAAGCAUGUCUCAUCUUUCAUGACCACAGUGCAAGGAAUUUAUUUUGUUUCUUUCAGAUGGGAAUCGCGCAUCUGACAUAAAGUCGAAUAACAUCCUGCUCGAUUCUGUCGGUCAUAUCGGCCUUGCAGACUUUGGGUCAUGUAAGCAGUUCCAACCACAUGAUAGGAAGACGUGCCAGCACACAAUGACGGAGUGCCGAGUGUCAGCAGAAGUAGGUGACAGCCCGUUCUUGGUGAAGUCACACUACACCUUCCAGACGGAUUCCGAUCUGCACCUGGUAAUGGACUUUCUGGAAGCUGGAGACCUGUGCGAACUUCUCAACCAGCGAGAGAAGUUUGCCGAGGAAGACGUGAAAUUCUACACGGCGGAGAUCGUCCUGGGUCUCGAACA